AUGCCCCAAGAGUACAUCGAGCUCCAGCAGCUCCCUGGCGACGACCAUAAGCCUCAGUUUAGUACGGGACUUUCCCAGGACGAGGUUACCACGAUUCUACUGCGCCUUGGUCUACCGACCAUAUAUGAUACAUUGGAUGAGUUACCCAAGCAGGCGCAGUUUAUGAUCGAGAAGAUCGAGAGUUUGGAGGUGGAGAAGGCUGUAGUGAUUCUACGAGACACUUUGGCAGAGCAUCGUGGCGAUGUGAACUUUCCUCUGGCUGAUUUCCACUUGAUAGAGAAGUUACUUGGACAAUUACCUACUGAGGGCCAGCUGGACCUGGCGAAGAAGAUUGAUGAGAGUGAUCAGGAGAGUGGGGCAGAUAUGUGGUCGCUAGAGGUGCGCCUUGAAGCUGCGUUGGUGGCUUUUCACUCUCCGUAUCCAGAAGUGAGAGCAGUGGUGGACCCUUAUGAUGAUCCGUCUAUGCCAGCAGAGACUCUUCGAGUUUACGUUAUCGGCUUGUCGUGGACGCUUGUGGGGUCGUUGAUCAAUAACUUCUUUGUGCAUAGACUUCCUAGUAUUGUGCUUUCUGCAAGUACGGUGCAACUUCUCCUUCUUCCCAGUGGAAGACUCUGGGAGAAAUCGUUUGAACUAAACAGAAAGGUUUCGAUCUUUGGAAGAGAGUAUAACAUUAACCCGGGGCCAUGGAAUUAUAAGGAAAUGAUGCUUGCCACGAUCAUCUACUCGUGUUCUGCUGGCACGCCAUAUGCCAUUUACAACUUCUUUGUCAUGAAGCUUGACCGCUUCUAUGGCCUCAGCUGGGUUUCCUGGGAGUACCAGGUCAUGUUUGCCUUAUCCACGCAGUUCUUGGGCUUUGCUUUUGCUUUCUUGAUGCUUAAGGUUUGCGUAUACCCCAAGAAAGCAAUGUGGCCGACUCUCUUACCGACUAUUGCACUUAACAGAGCCCUUAUGAACGAUGAUCCUCAAACAAACAUCAACGGAUGGACUAUAUCAAGGUACUCUUUCUUUUUUGUGGUAUUUGUGGCCAGUUUCUUCUAUAACUGGGUUCCAUCUUAUUUAUUCAAAGCCCUUUCUACAUUCAAUUGGCCCACAUGGUUUCUGCCCAAUCUGAUCCACUUGAUCAACGUCACAGGUACGAACCAGGGCUUAGGGCUUAAUCCUCUUCCUACCUUAGACUGGAAUAUCAUCGAUAUGGCAGGCUGUUUGACAAUUCCUUUCUACACUUAUGCUAACCAGUACAUGGGUAUGGUCUUGGGCUUUUUCACGAUCCUUCUUGUUUACUAUACCAACAAUAAGUGGACAUCAUACUUUCCUAUCAACUCAAAUCGUCUUUUCAGCAAUACAGGCGAGGUUUAUGAUGUCAAGAAAAUCCUUGACGAGCACAAAGCAUUCAACCAUGAUAAAUACAUGGAAUAUGGACCUCCAUACUUUUCAGCCGCCAAUUUGGUGCUUUACGGUGCCUACUUCUGCAUGUACCCGUUCGCUAUCUUAUACCAUACGGUAACAGAAUGGUCUUCCAUGAAACAGAGUUUCUCAAACAUCUGGCUUACCCUUAAAGAUGCAUUCAAGAAAGACCAUGACUCCAAUUAUAGCCGUUUUGCUGAAGACCCACAUUGUGAGAUGAUGUCUCAUUAUAAAGAAGUUCCUAGCUGGUGGUUUUUGACAAUUUUGGUUGUCAGUGUGACGUUUGCCCUCAUUUGUGUGAUCUUUUACCCUGUGGAGACACCUGUCUGGGGUAUUUUCUUCACCAUUGGCAUCAACUUCCUCUUCCUUAUUCCCAUCACAGCCAUCGCUUCUGUUACAGGGUUCACAUUUGGCUUGAAUGUCUUAGUCGAGCUCAUCGUCGGUUAUGCUAUUCCUAACUCUGGUAUAGCACUUAUCACGCUUAAAGCAUACGGUUACAACAUCGACUCACAGGCAUCAAAUUAUAUUACAGACCAGAAGUUGGCACACUAUACGAAAGUGCCGCCUCGUGCUAUUUUCCGAGGCCAGAUUAUCCUGACGUUCCUUAGUGUCUUUGUUGCACUCUUCAUUGCAAAUUGGCAAAUGGACAAUAUUCCAGAUAUUUGCGAGCUUCAUCAGAAGAAUAGACUUAGAUGUCCCGGUGCUAACACUUACUUCUUCUCGAGUAUUCAAUACGGAGAGAUUGGACCAGCCAAGGUCUUUGGCGGUAUCUACCCAAUCUUGAAGUGGUGUUUCUUGCUUGGAGCUGUUAUGGUCAUCCCCAUGGCGCUUUUCAAGAAACAUGGACCCAAAGGAAUCACCAGAUCGUUCCAGCCCACCAUCAUUUUGGGCGGCUUCUUGAGUUACGCUCCUUAUAACAUGCUGUACUUCACUGGAGGGCUUUACUUGUCGUACAUCUUCAUGUACCGCAUCAAAAGACACUAUACCAUCUGGUGGGAGAAGUACAACUAUAUCUUGACUAGUGCCUUGUCUGCUGGUGUGGCUUUCAGUGCAUUACUCAUCUUCUUCACUGUCCAAUACAACAGAGAGGAGCUCGACUGGUGGGGAAACAGAAUCAGCAACAUUGGCAUUGAAGGCUCCAACAAGCACCAUGCAUGGCUCAAGGCCACCGACGCUCCAGGCGGGUACGUUGGCUUAAGAAAAGAGCAGUACCCCUAG